AAUGCAGAGAAAAGGGAUCUGUUGACACAGGCUUCUGUUGGGGGAGGAGCGUGCCUCCGUGCCCCACUACCAUCCACAGUAACGCCACUGUUCUUACGUCGAAGGAAUGCAUGACAUGCAAGAACAACGUUGAAUUUAAAAUUUUGGUUUACGGUUUGCACAAAAUGCCGUCGUGUCUGCAGCAAAAAUACACCUACAGCUGAGAGGCCUUUGGUGACUUAACACCACGCCCGCACAAUCUUCCAAAAUUUGACCUGUGUGGGGAAAUCAUACAUGGUGUGAUGUCAGCCAUGGCGGCACCCGCAUACACAGUUUGGAUUCCCUGAAUCGCACGAUCGCUUUUGCGCAAUCGCGGCUGAUAAGAGAGCUCUUGAAAUAUCAGCCUAUCGAAAGCUCAAAUUUCUAUCGGAGAGAAGCCUGAGAUUCUGUCAGAGUCCAAGGCUUACUUAUCAAGUCCCCCGUGUGUAGCAAGCUUCUCACAGCACAUCUCCAUGGCGUCUAAUGUGUCUCACCCUUACUAUCCCCUGGGGCUGGAGCUGCCCCACUACAAGGAGAACAGCCUCCCGGAUGUUGCAGUGACCGGCCUGACUCUGGGCAGCUUUGCAGUCAUCUUCUGGCUAGCAUGGCAGUACACGAAGCAGGACAAGUUCGGCCGACUCUUGGGCCAGUGGGAGAGGGCUGCGUUGUGCUGGUGGGUGUUGUGCGGCUGCAUUCACAUGGUCGUAGAGGGCUACGUCAGUCUCAACAGCGGAACUUUCCCCGGGAGCAACAAUUUCUUGGCCCAGCUCUGGAAGGAAUAUGCUAAAGGCGACAGUCGAUAUAUGCAGGCUGAUGCCUGUAUCAUUAUCAUGGAAAGCCUUACGGCUUGGCUGGAGGGACCAGGAUGUUUCCUGAUCGUGUGGGGCUUUCUGAACAGACACCCGUUGCGUCACGUGCUCCAGUUCGGUGUGUCUAUCGGCCAAUUCUAUGGUACCCUUCUGUACUUCUUCACCGAGAUCUUCGACGACUUCGCCCACGGCCCACGCUUCCACCCUUACUACUGGUGGUUUUAUGUCUUCGGUCUUAACUCUCCCUGGCUGGUGGUGCCCCCGAUCCUGAUCUACCAGUCGUGGAAGGAGUUGACGAAGGCGCAGAAAGGACUGGACAACGUCACCGGAUUCAACACGGGCAAUGGAAAAGAGAAGAUCAGAUAAAACUUCAAAAAGCCAAUAAGCACCCCCUUUCAGGUGCGCCGUUAUGACAUUGGAAUCGUAAACGACGCUGGAUACCACGAUUUGAACCCUAAAAACUUUAAAUAAAAUAGUUAUAGGUCUAUACAUGUGUUUUGCAUUCAUGUUGGUAGCAAGAAGAGCUCUUCAUUCUAGACUAAUGCCUCUCUCGUUAUGUGAAACGUCAUGAUGCUGACAUGACAAUGGUACGUGUGUAUGUAGUUUCCUUAUGCAAGAUAUCUCUCAUUAUGUGAAACGUCAUGAUGCUGACAUGAUAACGGUAUGUGGGUAUGUAUUUUCCUUAUGCAAGAUAUCUCUCAUCAUGUGAAACGUCAUGAUGCUGACAUGACAACGGUACGUGGGUAUGUAUUUUGCCUAUGCAAAAUAUUAUCUUGCUAGGUUUGGCUCAAACGUUGCAAUUAGAGGGUAGUUUCAAUUAACAUGUUUUAUUAAAACCUUUAAAAUGAGCCUUUGUGUCUCAGUUAACCUUAUUACUAGCGUUUGUUUCACUAUUUCAAAGGGCAUUUCCUGGCUUUUGGGUUUUGUACUGAUGAUCAUUUCCAUAUUCGUGAGCAAAACUGCGACGUCAUCCCAGGAAGAAAGCCUCAGUGUUACAUUGAUUUGUACAUAAAAAGUCCUGCAUGUUUGUAGGUUUUACUGGACUAAGUUGUCUCUUCUUCGCUGAUGCAUUGUUGUUUAUCUGUGUAGCAAUAAGUAAGCAUCAAUCCCUUGCCGACAUAUAUUUUCAGUAAGUAAAUUCCGGGUUUACAAUUAGAACAGAGAAACUAUGCACUGAACUUUGUUUUCCCUGGAUAACAUAACAGCAACAGCGCCCUCGUUGUCCUGGAAAGCACACGUGGCAUUAAGUGUUUUGAAAAAGUACUCUUUUCAUUGCAUUUUACCAAAAAGGAAUGUAUACGAGUAUCCAUACAUUAAAAACAGGGGGCAAAGUUGCAGAAAAAUUCGGUCCUAGAAGUAUUUAUUGCAGCUAUACUUUAAGGUAAAUUUGCAUGGGUUUAAGAAUGCCUUUGUAAAACAACAGUGGAUUCUGGUGUUUAAUUAUAAUAGACGAAAUGGUUGUGAGGAUUAUAUUCGAAAAACACACGCACUUGUGCAGGGUUGGUGGCAGGGUUGGUGGGUUGGUUGACAUACACCUUAUGAGCCUCUAACUGAACUAAGAGGGGCGCAGUUUUCUUGUCAACGGAGGCUCCUGUGGUCGAAACUGAACUUCGAUGGCCCACGAAUGACUAGGAAAAGCACUCGUUACGGUCGCAUCCCUACAAACAAAACUGAACGCCCCCAGCCCAGCUGAUGAGGGGUAGCUUUUGCUUGAGGCGGGAACAUGAAAUGUUGGUGUCCCUCUAUUUCUAAGGCUAUGAAAUUGGUGCUGAUGCCUGUGGCGGAGUAGGACCUGCACGCAAGAGCAGGUUACAGUUGUGCCAACGAUCGGGGCAUAAAAUGGUUUCCUCGUGAAUAAAGUCCCUAGGGACUAGAGGAUUGGAUGGCCCUUUUAACAGAUUUUCUUUGGUAGCCAAGUCCCAGAUCCUUCCGUUCCGGUUGGUGCAUCCCAUAGGGGACGGGGAGGGGAUAAGUUUCCUUACAGAGUACUUUGCCGUUAGUUAAUAAAUCGAAAGCGCCAACAUUUAGAAACGGUUUUACCACAUUUCUUGGGGUUCGAAGAUCCUUUAAAAAAAUGGCACUGUCGUUUUUCGGGGAAAAAUCAUUUGCCCCCAACCUGCAUGAGUAAGCCACAAAACAAACUUGCUUAAAAUGGUAGUUUUCGUGCGUAUGAUUUUAAUUUAAUUAAUUAAUACCUAAUGCAAAACUAUUGAUAACAAUUAAUGGGAAGAAACACUAUUUCGUUUUACCUUGGUCAUCUUGUUAUUCAUGAUUGAUCCAUAUUUCCUCUAGCAACUUUUUCUCAUAAUUGUUAAAAAUAAAAAUAUCUAUCCAUAUCUAAGUUAUUUCUGCAUACA